GCCCCCCCUGGUCCCUACCCUAGGAGGGAUGCGAGGGGCGCACGGCGCUCCUGGCCCGAGCCCUUUGUUAUGCUAAUCCGGGCUGACAUCACGCCGCAUAUCAAAGCCGCGGGGACCGCAUAUAAGGAGGCUCCGCGGGCGAAGAGGCAGAGGAACCCCGGCCUCCGCUCUGCCCUGGCCUCUGCAGCGCCCGAGCAAACCCCAGUGCGGAGGUAAGGAGGGGGACGGAUGGGGGACGGGCGGCGAGCCGCUGCCGGGACCCCCGGUUGUGCAUCUCCAAGGAGGGGCAAGACCCGCACCGAAGGAAAUACACUGCACAGAAAAUUUGGAAGACUCCUUUUUUUCCCUUGGAGAAACUGAUUUCCUUCUGAAAGUGGGGGACAGUGGGGGAAAAUGAAGCCGAGCCCGCAGUUUUUGUUAGCUGGUUUUCUGUCUUUGAUUCUGCAGACGGGGAUUUGCUCUGGGAUAAAAUGGAUAGCUCUGUCCAAGACUCCUUCGGCUUUGGCCCUGAAUCAAACCCAGCACUGCAAGCAGCUCGAAGGCCUGGUGGUUUCCCAGGUGCAGCUGUGCCGCAGCAACCUGGAGCUGAUGCAGACCAUCAUCCAGGCGGCCCGGGAAGUGAUAAAGACCUGUCGUAAAACUUUCUCAGACAUGCGGUGGAACUGCUCAUCCAUUGAGCUGGCUCCGAACUACCUGCUGGACUUAGAGAGAGGCACAAGGGAGUCAGCCUUUGUGUAUGCCCUUUCCGCUGCUGCCAUCAGUCACACCAUUGCCAGAGCCUGCACCACCGGGGACCUCCCUGGCUGUUCCUGUGGUCCCAUCCCAGGUGAGACACCUGGACCUGGGUAUCGAUGGGGAGGAUGUGCAGACAACCUCAACUAUGGUCUUAUCAUGGGGUCCAAAUUUUCAGAUGCUCCCAUGAAGAUGAAAAAAUCAGGAUCACAAGCCAAUAAACUGAUGCAUCUGCACAACAGUGAAGUAGGGAGACAGGUCUUAAAAGCCUCUCUUGAAAUGAAAUGUAAGUGCCAUGGAGUUUCUGGGUCAUGCUCUAUCAAGACCUGUUGGAAAGGCCUUCAAGAGCUGCGAGACAUUGCAUUGGACCUCAAAAACAAGUAUUUAUCGGCCACCAAGGUCGUUCACCGGCCCAUGGGCACCCGCAAAUACCUCGUGCCAAAGGAUAUUGAUAUCAGGCCGGUUAAAGAGACAGAGCUGAUUUACCUACAGAGCUCGCCUGAUUUCUGCAUGAAGAACGAGAAAGUGGGGUCACAUGGGACCCAGGACAGGCAAUGCAACAAGACCUCCAACGGGAGCGACAGCUGUGACCUGAUGUGCUGCGGCAGAGGCUACAACCCCUACAUGGACAAAGUGGUGGAGCGGUGCCACUGCAAAUACCACUGGUGCUGCUACGUGACCUGUAAAAAGUGCGAGAGGACUGUCGAGAGAUACGUGUGCAAGUGAAAGCCCCUCGCUCCGCCCGGGAGCUGAGACGCCAGCGGCACCCCAGCACUAUUCAGAGAAGAGAAAACAUUUCCCCGACUAGACGUCGUUCAUCUUGUAAAGACACAGACUUGAAGACACAUGGUAGGAGGACAAAAAAAGCAAUCAUGCCACGUAAAAAUGAGACCUUUAAAAAAAUGUAAAAAACGGAAGGCUUUCCCCCACCAAUAAAAUGCUCUCUGAGAAGACAAAAACUCAUUUGGGAUGGUAUCUUCUUCCAAAAUAUUUCCUAUGGUUGCCAAUAAUGUCCAGCCAUCAAGUGCCUUAAUAUUUUGAGAAGCAAAAUUAGAAACUUUCCCUUGGGGAAGAAAAGCAACACCUGCCUGAAAAUAACCAAGACUCACGCCUGCUUAUGCCUUCUCACACAGGUACCGAGUCUGCAUUAGGACCAUCCCAGAAGCAAAAACGCUACAACUGUUCAGCAAUAACUGCAUUUGUUGCCAAAGACUAAAUUUUUAGCAUGGAAGCAUCCACUCAGGAUGGUAAAGGUGGAAAGAUUUCAGGUCCAUCCCCUGAAAUGACUAACCCGUUUUAACCUUUCUUUUAAGCAGGUCUGUGACUUCCCAGUUACUGCUACAGGAAAAUCUGUCCCUGAGUUGUCUGGGCUGGAUGGGGCUUCACACUCAGCCAAGGAAAAUAAAAACAACUAUGGGAUGCCAGAGACAGUGAGAAUAGGGCACGCUGAGAAGGGUUUAAUGGGGUCCUUGGGUUGUAGUGGAGCCAUUAGGUUAAAAUACAAAAGUGAAGUGAAAAAUCCAGUGGAAAAAAAAAAUAAGAAAAAAGCUCCUGCUCUCUUUCUGUCUUGACCUGUGGCAACUCAUACUUUUUCUGCCACACUGGGCCAUCCAGUCCUUAGGGAAAGGUGCCACUGCCUCUCUCCCCCUGGCAAAACUAUUGACCCAGCCCCAAAAAUAUGCAGAGAGCACAGCAGGUCCAGUCCUGGCAUGCAGACGUGCAGGGUAGCAGCUAUUCCCUGCAGAAAGGAGUGGGAACACAUCAGUCCUUCUGCCCUGGCGCAGAGAAAACCACUAUCGGUGGCUGUACAUAUUUUCUUUUGUACGCGGACAUACAGAAAUAUUUAUAAGAUAUAUCUUGCGCUUUCCUCUACUCUUCUUCCUACGUAAAUAUAUCUAUAUACUAUAAACAAGCCUUAACAAUAGUAUGAAAUAAAUGCUGAAGUUACUGGUGCAACAGCAGAAUGUUAGCUUAUUAUGUUUCACCCAAGGACAUUGUUUCCUACUUGGAAAGCAAACCCCGGUCUCCUUCCCAAGGACAGGAGAAGAGCAUGGCUUGAGGCUCUCGCUGGCGUGCGAUCGAUAAGUUCCUGUAUUCCCUGUUUCCCCAGCCUCUUUAUUUUGAGCAGAAUUAGCCAAGAUACAGUCAAGAUAAUGAAACGGAGCACUCGGAGGAAGGAAGAGUCACCGUUCUUGUUUUUUUUGUUGUUGUUCAUCAGUUAAAUAUCCCAGUGCCCCCAGGGAGUGCAUUCACAAACGUGACUGAUGCUUCUCAUGGGUGGCUUGUUUCUCACUCCAGAGUGCAGAGAGAUGCUGUGCAGUGGAGAUUUUAGCUCAAGUUAAAUUGCUUUGUCUCUCUUUGUUUUUUUUGCUAUGGGCAUUCACCUCUGUGUCUCUGUUAGGGAAAGGGACGCUGGAGGGGGAUGUCUGCUCCAGGAGAAGGCUGCAGAGGCUGUGAGGUCCUUCAAAACAUUUCUGGGGAGCCUGCUCUGCAAAGUCAUGUAAGCAGCCAGCAAAUCACUCCUACACAAACGUGGGGACAGUGGCACUUCCCUAGGGGGAAACACGGCCAUUGUCUUCCCCUGAAUCCUUUUCUUCCCAACCAGCCACUCUCUAGGAGCCAACUGCUUCUGACUUGCUUCUGAGCAGCCCUUGGGAGCUAGAAGAAAAUAGCAUGGUGGGCUGUAGAGCAAAAUUAGAGAUGUUUCAUUCUCUAGCAUUGUGUGCUAUAGCAAAAUUUUUUGAUAUUUUGUUCUCCUCAGCUACUUUGCUUUGCUGUAAUGGGUUUGGUCUCCUCCCUGCCUUUCCCUCCCCCAGCCCCGGGGAGGCAAAAAGAGGGCUUUGGUACUUUGUCAGUGGUUUGUGUUAUUGUCACCCCAUAAAAGCUGGUGGACUAAAAUGUCUCCGCAGCACGGUGUGAUGAGCGGUUGGGUGUCUUUAGGCUGACAUGCAGACAGGUCGGUGGCACGAGUCCCACUGCUCUCCAAAGCCAGAAUUUGGCUUUGUUUGAUAUUGUAAAGACAAAGUCAGAUUUCAUUCUUUUAAGGAAUUUUCUUUUUAAUUCCAGUUUCUGACGAAGCCAAGGGAUGUUCUGACUGAAGGAAAACUUGAGCAUUUCAAUUCUGUUCUGUAAUGACUUUUUCUUGCUCCCUUGCUGAUGUCUUGAGUCUUUGGGCUUGGCGCAAAAAUAGCGAGAUGGAAGAAAUGCUCCGUAUGCACAUUGUUUUCAGCUACAUUUCACUCCUCCAAUGUCAGGCCCUUGUUCCUCAGCUGCUUUUCCCAUGUCAGAAAAAAUCUUAUCUUUGCAGAAUGAGAGAAGAUGUGAGUAAGCCUACCAGGCAUCUGCAGGUCCUCAGACCCCAAGGUGGGAAGUGACCUUUAGAUGUUGAACUGAAAUGGCUGCAGUGCUUGGAGGAUUGUGGUUCAGUGCACCCAGGCUCAAAAUCUCUUCUUGCUCCUCCCAAAAUCCUUCACAACUGGCUUCAUCUGUGUUUUGCUUCUUUGAGUCAUUGAGGCCCCAGCUCAUGUCCUAGGCUGUUGAUCUAUGAAUCAAUGCUGCUACACUCCUUUUGCUGUAACUCCCAAGUUUCAGAAACCUUUUUCUUCUCUGCAGUGGCUGCACCCUGACCAGCACCCCUCGUUGCACAGCCCUGUUUCAUCCAGCAAAUUAGGGUCAUCGAGUUCCUGGUGUUCUGGGUGCUUUUCUCCUGGCAUCAGCAGCAAAGUGCAGAGAGAAGUUUGCUUAGAGAAGCUCUGGGUGCCCCAUCCCUGGCAGUGCCCAAGGCCAGGCUAGAUGGGGCUUUGAGCAACCUAGUAGUGGGAGGUGUCCCUGCCCAUGGCAGGGGGUUGGAGUUAGGUGAUUUUUGAGGUCCCCUCCAACCCAAACCAUUCUGUGAUUCUAUGAAAGAGGCCAGAAGAGAGAAGUGCUCUUGCUUGCAAUUGCAAUGCUCAGUGCAAUGAGAGUCCGAAAUGCAGCUGCCAAUUAAUUCUCUGUGCAAGUAUGGCCUGAAAGAAUGUUUGCCACAAACCAAUUUUGCAGGUUUUUGCAAGGAAGAUCUAUCCCUAACAGCAGAGCAACACAUUCACAUAUCAACCCCAUGGUAGCCAGCUUUCAAAACUUUGCUCUGAAACACAAAUGUCUUUCAGCUUCUGAAUGAAAUGGCUUUAAUUAACGUGAAUGUCUCUGUAGGGUGAUGCUACAGUUCCCUCUCUCCUAACAUGCCCUGCUAGAUCCUAACAGCUGGCAUAAUUUGGCUUAGCUCCACAUCCUACUAUACAGCUCUGUUGAUUUACAUUAGCUGGGAAAAUACAGCUGAUAUAUUCCUAUAAAUAUUAUUAUUUCAAAAUAUUGCAAUAUUACCCUUGAGGGAAAAAGACGAGCAAUCUUGAAAAGUAUUAUGUCGGUGGCUUUGUAGCAUUUAUUCAUUUGAAAAAAAUAUCUGUGGUUUAAUAAAACAGCUUGUACUUAAUGCUAUUUCCAAAUCUGAGGAUUUAAACCUUGCACGCAUCCAGCUGGCUUUAUACUUUUUGAUGAAUUCCCCCCAUCCUCACCCCCUUCCAGCUUUAUAUCAUUUAGGUUGCUCCCCAAGGUAGGCAAACAACAUUCAUUAUAGAAAACUCCCAUCCAAUUUUUUUUUUUUUUUUUUAAUCUGCAAAGUGGAAAGCAUCUUGAUCAUGCUCAAGCAGGCACCCCACAAGUGUUUCAUGUGCAGCUACAAAAGCUCUUGGUGAGGGCAGCAGGAGGGGAAAGGAGGCACAAAUCUGAAUGCAAUUAAUGGUGCCUUUGUCAGGAGAAAGAUAUUGGAGUCCUCGAGGGACCAUGCCUGUUUUCUGCUAGAAAACAGAUUCCUGCAGACAGCAUCCUCCCAGUGAGCCACGCAUGCGGUGCCCACCUCAGGUACCAGCCUGGGGAAGAUGCUGGGAGGAUGCUCUGGAGGUACAAGGGGAUGAGGGCAGCAGGAGGAAGGCUCAACCCUGGGCUUUUCCUUCUCCCGCACCAUCCGUUUGCAAACAGAUUUCUGAUGGGAUCACUCCAGGCAUCAGACAGAAUCCAAGCAGGAAGCAGUGAAACCAUCCUGCAUUGUCUGGAGUAAUUUUUUAUCCCAAACCAAAGUCCUAGCCAGUCCUUCUCCUUACUAUGCAAUCUACAACCUCGUCCUUGACACCCUCAUCCCACCACGAAGGAUUUGCCUUCCCUGUGGGGAAACACCAUCAUUUUGCCACCAAGAGCAGACUGGACCCAGACUUUGCCCUCUUCACGUGGGAGAUGGAGCAGAAAACAAGAUUUGGGAGAGGGGGGAAAGAACAGGAAACUUGAAAUCCACCUGAGAUUAAUGACUUUAACAUGCACAACAUGUUUUGUUUUGCUUUGUUUUCCCCUCAGGAGCAGUUUCAUCAGUCAGAUGGAGUUUGAUUAAAUAUUUCAGCAGAGCUAUGGUUUAUUCAUCUAGAACAAAAGUUAUCCCCUGUUCAGGGGCGCAGCAUUAGCUUUGUUUUCUAAUUAUAAGAGCAACAAUAAUAAUAAAAAAUAAUAACAAUGGUAUGCAUUGUGGAUUGUUAUUUUUUGUUUGUUUGUUUUUGUUAAAAGUAAAAAUGUGUUUUUGUCUGCCUUGUAAAUAUGAAAUGAGUUAUUUUAAAGAUCA